CAUAGAUUGAAAUUUUAUUAUAUUUAUUAUAUAUUUAGAUAUGUAUUUAAAUGUGAAGACUUCUAAUUUAAAUAUUACCAUCUUUAUUAUGAAGUAAGCGAUAUAUUUAAGGGGUUCUCAUAUAACAAUUCAAUUAUUCUUAAAAUUUAGAACCCCUGAUAUGUCAUAAACAACGAAGAUGGCUUACAGUCAACAUUUUGUUAAUUGUAUAUGUAGAUAUGAUAUAUGUUACUAUUUACGAAAUUUUUAAUUCUGCUCAAUAAAAAUUAAAAUUUGAUUAAAAUUAUGGCUCAAGCGAAACUUAACUCGCAAGAAGAAACAAGUAACACGCUAAAUGAUAAAGAGAAAGAAACUGAUGAAAAAGAAGGCUCAACAACAGUAUUAGAAUGUGCAGUUUGUCUUCAACCAUGUAUAUAUCCUGCAAGAUUACCUUGCAAUCAUAUAUAUUGUUAUCUAUGCGUCAAAGGUGUUGCAAAUCAAAGUAAAAGAUGUCCUAUGUGCCGUCAAGAAAUUCCUCCUGACUUUCUUAAUAGACCACAACUGGUGGAAGUAGAUGAAACACAAAAAGAAUCAGAACAUUUUGAAGAAGAAUAUCAAUGGUUUUAUGAAGGCAGAAAUGGUUGGUGGCAAUAUGAUCAACGUACAAGUCAUGAAUUAGAAACUGCAUAUAAACAAGGCAAACGGAAUUGUGAAUUAUUAAUCGCAGGAUUUCUUUAUAUUGCUGAUUUUGGUUCAAUGCUUCAGUUACGUAGAAAUGAUCCCUCUAGACGAAGAAAGAUUAAGCGUGAUUUAUAUAAUGUACCGAAAAAAGGAGUUGCAGGUUUAAGAUUAAAUAAUCAAGAUGAAGAAAUUACUAGAGAAGUAAGAGGAGCAGAAAGACCAGCUAGUCCAGCAAGUGAUGAUAUGGGUAUAAUGAUUAGCACCGGAGAUGGUACAAAUACUCCAGUACCUCCAAGUAAUACACCACAAACACCAGCUGGUGGAACAGCAAGUGGUGAUGCUACACCCCUAAAUGACAGAAUGGAACAAAGAGACUCUUUACAUCAGUCAAGUAUGGAAGAAAUAUUACAAUUUGUAAGAGGACAAUGGCAACUUAGUGAUUUACGUGAAAUUAAUAAUGACAAUGGAAGUUUACCUCCUAAGCUUUCAGAAAAAAAAUUUAUUAUAUUAUCUGGAAAUUAUAUCCUUCAGGUAGAACAAAUGUAUAAUAUCACAAAAGCAAAAUAUAAACAAUUAAAAGAAAUUAGAAAUGUUAAUUUCUCAGAAGUAGAUCCAGCUGAAGAAGAAAUGAUGAAAAAGAUGACAAAAACUCAUAAAAAAAGAAUGAUGCAAUUAAAAUUAACAGAUGGAUUACAAAAUAUAAUUGGAAUUGAAUAUAAUCCAAUACCUCAAUUAAAUGAUAUGUUAUUACCAGGAUAUAAACUUAUGAUAAUAGGUCCUAUAAUAUGUCGUAGAGGUGUAUUGUUAUUAGAAGAAGGAAAACUUAAAGGAAUUGGUGGUGAAGUUGAUAAUUUAUUGAUACCUAAUGCUUUGGAAAAUAUUUUAGCUAGAGCUCUAAAUCUACCAGAAAAUCCUGAUCCUUAUAAUGACAAUGAAAUAAAGUCAAAUAAUAUUCAAAAAGAAGAAUCACAAAUAGAUGAUAAUUUUUUUGAAGAAGAUUUUCAAAUAAAUUUUGAAAAUAUCUCAAAAAAUACAAAUUCACAUAAUAAAAAUGAAGAAAUAGUAAUAGAAUCACAUAGUAAAAAUGAAACUAAGAUAUAUGAUAAAAGUCCAAUUAAAACAAAAAUUGAAAAUAUUAAUACAGAAAUUAAAAAUGUUCAAAAUCAUGAAGAUGAAAAAAUCAUAGAUGAUGAUGAUUGUUUUUUAGAAAUGAUUGAUGAAAAACAAUUUAUAGAAACACAAGUAGAACAAAAUAUCAUAACACCCUUUAAAGCUUUGCCAAAUGAAGAAGAUGAUGAUCUUAUUAUAAUAAAUGAAGAAGAAAAAAAUAAAGAUGUAAAGCAUGAUAUUUUCAGAAGUACCAUAAAAAAUGAUUCUUCACAUUUAUAUCCUACAUCCUUAAUUACUAAAAAAAAUGUUUCUGAUUUAAAAGUUCAAGAAAAACAACAAUGUUUGUUAAUUAAUAAAGAGAUAAGUGUGUCAACAUCUUCUUCUGAAACAAUAACAUUGAAAAAAAGUAAAAUGGAUAGACAUAUUACAGAAUUUAUAAAAGUGGUAACUGUUCCAAAAGAAGAGAAAAUUUGUGAAUUCAUUCAUGAUAUAAAUAAUGAAAUAAUAACAAAUAAUAUCUUUAAAAUCAUUCGAGGUCAUGUUGAAGUUCUUGGAAAAUUAUCAAAAAAAGACUCAUUAUGGAUUUUGGAAGCUACAAUAGCAGAUGGAACUGGAACAAUAGAAGUUUCUUUCUCAAAUAAGCUUUUAGAAAAUUUAUUAGGUUUUAGUGUAAAAGAAUUUUCAUUGAAGAAAAAAUUGAAAAAAAAUCCAGAAAUUGAACAUGAACUUAGAAUGAGUUUUCGUAAUGCAGAACAAAAAAUAAAAACAUUGGAUGCACUUUUGAAAUUAGAGUUAAAUAUAAAUAAAAAGCCAAUAGUAAUUGAAAUUAUGGAUUUAACUCAAGAACAAAAAAAAAUAAUAGACAAAAGAUUAUCCAAUUUUUUACUUAAAAAUUACAAAUAGAUAAACUAU